GCACCGAUGCCUUUUCAACCUUUUUAGAGAUGAUCAGGUCGGAUUUGGGAAUAGUCUUCGGCAUCGGGAUUAUUUGUCUGUUGAGCGACACAGGAGGUCUGGGACAGACUGCUGGGAAACCAGGCACUCGUCGCUUGGUGAAUGGGACACUGGGACAGUCAGUCACGUUACCAGGAUGUAUCUCAGGAGAAAACAUUUCAAUUCUUAUUUGGGAUUACCAAAGUUCACCAACAUCAGACAAGGUUCAAUUAUGUAUAAAAUAUCAAAACAAUCCAAUACAAUGUAAUAAACAGCGAAUCAGGUUAAACCUGAAGGACUGUAGUCUGGAAAUACAGAACCUAACAGAACACGAUCAAGGUCUAUAUGAAAUGAACUUCAGGACGAAUCAGGCUGUCGAUGAACAAGUGACAGAACUGAAGAUUUAUGAACGAGUGUCAUUACCUAUAAUAACUAUCAGUGAAGCCUUCAGUGACGGGGUGUGUAACGUUAGCUUGGUGUGUUCACUGGAGCACGGCACCAAGCCAGUCUACACUUGGUGGUCAGGAGAUGGCAAGGUCACGGCAGAUGGGUCGCACAUACUGACUGACGAAGAGAGAAGGCUGGCACUAUCCAUACCUCUACCCAACAACAACAGCGUGUACAACUGCACCGUGGGGAACCCUGUUAGUGAGGAGACGCGGAGCGUGGAUCUAACACAGCUCUGUCCUGCCCAUGAAGGUGUCAAGCAACAGCAAGCACUCCAUAUUGGCUUGAUUAUUGCGGGAAUUGGGUUGGGAGCUAUCAUCUUAGCUGGCGUUGGCUACAUGUCUUGCAAGAAAGAAGCAAACCACGAUGAAGCUCCUAACACUGAAAGGAGAAGUGAACCACCGCUGUAUGCUGUGAUCGGGAGAGCAAACCAGGCCAGGGAGCAGCCACAGAGACAUUUACGUGAACUGGAUGCCAGUGGAGGAGAGCAAAAUCGAAAGGCACAGCUUACCACGAUAUACGAUGAGAUAAAAUUCAACCCCAAUCUGGACAUUGCAGGGGCAAGACCGAAUGAGUGAAAGGCGCGCUCUGCCCACCGUUUAUCAUCUGAUACAUGAAAUUUAACCCCCAGCUUGAAUUACGCCUUGAAUUGCACCUCUGCCUUUUGUGCUGAACUGCUUGCUGCAAUACCUAUAGCCGACCCGAAUGGCUUGUUUGUUGGGGGGAGAGACCUGGAACUUGUUUACAACCAGAUCAUUGUUUGAAAGUCCAAGGCAAAUGGGAGAAAUUCAAGUAGGAAAUGUUGGGAAUACACAACAAGACCAUAAUUUCUAAGGAGGGAACUCAGUGAAAUAGAGACAUGGAGGUGAUGCCGUGGCUUCCGUCGUGGACUUUAACAUCAAAGGAGCCUGUGAUCCAUUGCUGAGGAUCGCCUGUGAAGGAGCUCCAACCGCGGGGCCUGUGGAUUUUAACACCAUGAAGCUUGCGGUCUCCAGUAAGCAGAGAUCGACUCGGGAGCAGCAUGCCGUGGAGUGUUCCAAUCCGUGCCGACCCCGGAGUUGUGAUCAUCCCGACGCGAGGGGUUCGGACAUCAGACCGUCGGCAGUGGCGAGUGCGGAGGGUUCAACAGCCCCGACCACGGGUGAAGAAAGGAGGAAGAUGAAUGAACUUUAUUACCUUCCAUCACAGUGAGGAAUGUGGCUUAUGCUGUGGUGAAUGAUUAUGUUCAAUUUUAU